UCGGUUUCGGCGCGCGCCGACAACGGUCGGUCAUGUCGGGCCGGCGGCAAAGCCCGCUUCCUGGAUCAUCGCCAUCGCCAUCGUUGUGCGGGGCAUUCGCUGCUAUCUUUGGAAAGGAGCGCAGGUCCCCGGGUAAAAGAUGCAUAGGUCUAAAAAGGCUUGGUUUUCCCAGAGUGUGAGCAGACACAUUUGUGAUCUUUGGGUCAAUGAAGGUGGAAUUAUUACAAACUGGUGUUCGGCGGAUUUCUUAUUUAGUAGCAAUGCUUCUCAUCCUGACACACAGAGGAUCUUUGAGAGUUUGGAUUUUGUGGAGGAUAGGGCUACCGUUUUUCAUGCUAGUUAUCUCACAGCAUGUGAAGAGUCUGGGCUCAGGGACUGUGUCGCCAUGGGUCAUUUCCUGCUUCCUCCUGCCUCUCUCCAUGAAGGUUUUAUCUCUAUUGAUGAACUGAAGAAAUAUUCAGGGAAUUUAUAUGACUUCAUUCCUGGCUGUGCACAUUAUUCAGUGUGUCGUAUUCAGAGAGAAAGGAACAUCUUCUCAGUUUUGAAAUCCAAAAAGCGGAACCCCAGUUUGAUUCAUACACAUUAAACAGAGCUGAAAUCAGCUGCAUUCGGGAAGAUUUCAGUCAUUGCUUGUGAUUUGAGGCUUAAAGAGUUGUCCUUCUCUCACUGAUAUCAGAAAUACAGUCUUUGUUUACUGGGUAAACUGUUUAGUUGUUAAUUGAACAAAAAUUCUUAUAUUUACAUUUGUAUUUACUGUUUGAAA